AGAUCGAACAGCUAAUAAACGAUUAGCAACGUCCCGGAGACCCAAUCCUGUAGAGGAGAGGCGGGCCUUCCCAUGGGUAGCUCUUGGAGCCGGUGGGCGUCUCUGCGGUCCGGCUCCAGCCCCGCCCCUAGACUGUGCUCUAGGGUUCCCGGAGUCCAGUCUCUAGAAAGGUGGGUCACCUGCAGGCGGGCUGGCUUCUGAACUGCCUCAGAUCGUGGUGUCGCAGGUGGCUGCUGGAGCUGACACCCAAGGAUCUGCGUGUCCCCUUGCCGCAGCCUCACCAGACCGAGCUGGCUGGGCCGCGGAGCCGCACUCCCUACCCCUAACCACGCUGUAGCCGCGUCGUGGCCUUGGCUCUGCUUCGCUCAGAGGUACUGGAUCAGGUCGGUGUCUGCCAGAUGCCAAGAGUUGGUGCGAGCUACCCGCAAGAUAGCUUAAACUUUCCCUGGGGAUUCCUCUACCAGUCCGUUAGAUCGUGUUGUGAAUUUCGCCAAAUACCAAAAUAAAAUACUCCCUCCAGUGCCCUUCUGGGAUAUUAUGACUUUUCUCCUUAAAAACUGACGAAAAGACCAGGAACUAUCUUGUUUUCAGAGUCUGGGAUAAAGACUAGCAAAUGAGAAAGCUAUGUCUUUGCGGUCCUUUCCUAACACCUCUAGACGAGCUUCGUUCCUAACAUUUUUCUAGCCAUCAGAUUUCUCCAGAGCAAUGACCCAGAAGACGUAAUCAGUUUACGAUUAGAGUGACAUUGUUCCCACAGCCCCCAAAAUGGCAGCUAAAAUGGAGAUAACUUUGAGUACCCACACUGAUGAUUCUGACAAGCAAGAGAGACACAUAAUGAAGCUGGAAGAAACACGUGGCCCCCCUCAGCAAUAUCCUGAUCCUGAGCUUUCCCGCCAGAGCUUCAGACACUUUUGUUAUCAAGAAGUGUCUGGGCCCCAGGAAGCGCUCUCCUGCCUUCGACAGCUCUGCAGACAGUGGCUGCAGCCUGAACUACACACUAAAGAGCAGAUUUUGGAGCUCCUGGUGAUGGAGCAGUUUCUGGUCAUCCUACCUCCAGAGAUCCAGGCACAGGUCUGGCAUCGGUAUCCAAAGAGCAGCAGGGACAUUGUGACUCUGGUGGAAGAUUUGCACAGAGCAUCCAAAAAACCAAAGCAGUGGGUGACCGUCUGUAUGCAAGGGCAAAAGGUGCUCUUAGAGAAAACAGGGGCUCAACUUGUAGAGCCAGAACUUCGAGACUUUCAACCCCAAACUCCUAGCAGAGAUAUUCAGGAGAACUCUCUAGAAGAACCUUCCUGGGAAGGAUCUCAUGAGCAGCUGAGUCCUCACCACUGGGAGAAGUCUCUCCUCCAGGAACCAGUCCUCAGAUUGACUGAGACAGAGUCCUCCAGAGUGAGAAGUGACAAGGAAAAUCCGCAACAGGAGGGAGCGAGAGGAACAAAGGCAUGCGCAGUCUUACGUGGAAGACCUAAAGGGGGUAUCAUGCGAAGCCCUGAGCCAGGAGGGGUGACUGCAAGUGACCCCCGAUUGCUGCAGUGGCAGGUCAGACCCCCGCAGUCUCUCAAGUCACUUGCCCACUACCAGAGACAAUGCAGAGAGCUGGAAUACAUCAGCAACCCCCUUAGAGGCCACCCACUGAGAGAGUUAAAGAGAAGCAGGAGAGGCCAAAGACGCCUGAGCAGCCUUCUGCAGCGUCUUGGUCACCAGGCAGCCCACCCAGCCAAGAAACCUUACAGUUGUGACGACUGUGGGAAGAGCUUCACGUGGAAUUCCGAGCUGAAGCGACACAGGCGAGUGCACACCGGGGAGAGACCCUACAUCUGUGGGGAGUGUGGAAACUGCUUUGGGAGACAGUCAACUCUGAAACUGCACCAGAGAAUCCACACUGGGGAGAAGCCAUACCAGUGCAGCCACUGUGGCAAAAGCUUCCGCCAAAGCUCAAACCUUCACCAGCACCACAGGCUCCACCAUGGGCACUGAAGCGAUGCUGUGUGCUGUAGAGUCCUAGGGAAGGGCUUCUGGUCUCCCCGUCUUGCUUGCCUGUAAAUCAUUGAGUAUCUUUGUGACUUACAGAGUGAUGGGUGAAUAUUCAACUGGUAAGGAGUCCAAAAAGAGGCCAAUGGGGCCAGUGUGUAAGGACAGCUGAUUCGAGUGUGGGGGGAAAAGAGAGCUGCCGUCUCAGCAGAGUGCGGUUACUGAGGAAUAGUCAGGAUGAGCUGCAAGUGGCUUUAAUUAAUUAAUCCUUAAUUUCAUCUCCUUGUUGCUUUUAUCUUCUAAAAGACAGUUGUUUUCAUGUGCACACUUGAGCAGUUCAUGAGAAUGCCAAGAGAGCAUUCACUGGAGAGUCCUCUAAUAGUCUUUCUGCAACUCACUUUUUUGAUGGUGGUGGUAGUGCACGUGGUGGUUUUUAAUUACUUAAGACAGGUCUCUCUACAUAGCCCUGGUGGUGCUAGAGCUCACUUUGUAGACCAGGCUGGCCUGGAACUCAGAGAUCCAUCUGCCUCUGCCUCCCAAGUGCUGGUAAAAAGGUGUGUGACCCCAUACCCUGCUGUAACUAACUUAACAAAAGACAAUAUAUAUGUAUUUAUGUGA